GAGACGCUGCGUGUCACGAGUAGGCGGGGCUUCUUCUGUCCGUGUAGUUCUUGUUUAAAAUGUCCCCCUAACAACCCCUGGGACUCAAACUGUGGAACUUUUCCUGCGGUCCAAACGCCUCCUGAGAGUCGUGAUGGCAGGAACCGGCGAGGCAAAGAAAGAAGAGGCCGACUACAAGAGACUACACAGUUUCCCACUUAUCAGGCACACGGACAUGCCUGAGGAAAUGAGGGUGGAGACGAUGGAGCUGUGCGUGACUGCCUGUGAAAAGUUUGCUACCAACAAUGAGAGCGCCGCCAAGAUGAUCAAAGAGUCCAUGGACAAGAAGUUCGGCAGUUCGUGGCACGUGGUGAUCGGCGAGGGUUUUGGCUUUGAGGUCACGCACGAGGUGAAGAACCUGCUCUACAUGUUCUUUGGAGGUAGUUUGGCCGUGUGCGUGUGGAAGUGCUCCUAGCACACGCAUACAUACAGCCACUUCCUAUUAUUCACUCAUCUCGCCGACUCGGUGAAAGCAAACCAGUUGGACUACAAAAAGGUCACUGAGGUUGACGGCUGCUUGAACUAUGGCGAGAAGAACUUUGACAUCAAGUCUUGACUUGAAGACACUUGAACAGCUUCCUGCCUUAUCUCACAUUUCUUUCCAAGGAGUUUCCAUGUUGUCACCACUCACUUUGAACUUAACGGGCCAGGGUUCUCCAAACAAUUAUGUUCUCUAUCCUCUGCAGGGACCGUCUAGUGCGCGUGUGUGCUGGACACACACGCGCACAUCACCACUGACAACGUUUACGUCAUCUCAACAUUUCUUACAAUGAGACGCACUUGUCUUUCAAUACAAUGUUUUUAGAUUUUUUUUUUUAAACGUGUACAUAGUUGGAUGCGACGUUUAACAAGCGGCAUCUUCGUAAAAACGACCUGAUCUACCUUUUCUUCUUGUUGUAGAGAAUUUUUAUAACAACCCGGCAUGUUUUAACCGCCUUUGUUCUGUAUCAACGGUACAGACACCCAAUGAGGCGGACUGCCUAAGUGAAAUGCUAAUGACUGAGGCAGAUUUGUGAAUUCUUGCUGUUUACUGAGGUCGCUUUAGAGCCAUAACAAGAGGAGGGACCCUCCUGUGUCCAGGCGUGUCAAGUAUAACACUUCUCCCAACACGUCGGCGCUGUCCGACAAGGAUUUUCUACGUCUCAUUAGUAGAUGCCGACAAUUUGGUUACGUGGCAAUAAUCCCGCCAUAGGUGAAGGAUCUUCUGUCGCUGUGAUUUUAAAGAACUGCUGAGCAAAGUGGCGAACAUGAGCGAAAGAGAUCAUGGAUAAUAAACUCUGAAAUGUGGAACAAAA